GCCUCGCUGGCGGCCAUGGGGAGCGCCUGCUCGGGCUUCCGCGACCUCGCCAGCGACCCGGACGCGUGGCGGACGCUCUGCCUCGACAUGUGGCCGUCCGUCCGCGACCUCGCCUGCCUCGGACGCGGCGGCGGCGGCUACCAGUCUCUCUACGCCGGCGCGUUCCCGUUCCCGGCCGCAUCAUCCCCACCGGCCGCGCCCUCCCUCCCGGCGCGGCUCGUCUCGGCCGUCGACCUGCACCACAAGGGCGUGUGCAUCAUGUCGCGCGCCGUCGAGACGGACGCCUCGUCGCCCUGGUUCCAGGGCUCGCCGUUCCGCGUCGACGCGCUCGUGCAGGAGGGCUUCACGGCGCCGUGCCCGAUCGCGCCGGACGAGCUCACGCUGAGCUGGAUACUCAUCGACCCAGCCACGGGCGCCGCCCUCAACGCGUCCAGCCGGCGCCCCGUGUCCGUCGACCGGACCUGGCUGAGCGGGGACGCCGUGGCGCGGUUCACCGUGGUGCUCGGCGGCGGCGUCGCGCUGGACGCGGCGGUCACGUGCGACGACCGCCGCGGCCACGUCAGGGAGGUCAGCCUGUGCGCGGGCGACGCCGAGGGCGGCGGCGUCAGCGGCCGGGACGGGCUGGCGGCGGUGGCCGCGGCCAUGGCGACCGCCAGGCAGCGCCGUGGGGCGGAGGAGGCCGCCAGGCGGGUCUACCGGGAGUUCGCCCAGGGGAAGAGGGACAGGAAGGAGUGGAAGGCCAGGCGGGAUGGCAUCGUUGACCUCUGCUGCUCCGGCGUCGGCGCCGCCGCGUUACUAUCGUUCUUGGUCAUGCUGACGUUCCGCUGACCGCGCAACGGCCGGCAUACACACCGAUGCACCUAAAUAUACAGUUUGAUGACGCGCUCUAAGAGUUAGUAUAUGGUUGGAACCUGUAGAUACCGACUGCGAUGUAGCUUAGCGCAAUAGGCCCGGUUCUUUUCAAGAAAUAUGCAAGUAGAUGACAACCUUUACCUAAAUUACAAUGUUUACCAUUAAGAUCAU